CCACAUGAUUCCGUUUUAAUUGAGUGAAUCUCCAGAUUCAUUUGCCUAUGAUGGAGGCGUCCAGCCUUUACUGCGGCUGCUUGUCCGCCUCUAUCUUCGGUCUCCGCCGCCACCACUCCAUCUCACUCUACCAAUUCUCCAAUCGCCGCCGCCUCCGUCUCUGCUGCACCACUCCCCUCCCCGCUCCCGCUCCCAUCAAGAAGAGAAGAAUCACCCGCCGCCGCCGCAAAAUUGUUCAAAAAGAUGAGCUCAAAGAGAGCCCCAAGAACGGAGACCCUCUGGGGCGUCGGGAUUUGGGGAAGGCGGUGGUGAAAUGGAUGUCCCAAGGCAUGAAAGCUAUGGCCUUGGACAUCGCCACGGCGGAGAUGGAGGAGGAGAGUGAGUUUGCUGAGCUGUUGCAGCGUAUGGGCCCUGGCCUCACCUUUGUUAUUCAGGCUCAGCCUUAUCUCAACGCCGUCCCCAUGCCUAUUGGUAUGGAGGUCGCCUGCCUCAAGGCCUGCACUCAUUAUCCCACCCUCUUCGACCACUUCCAGAGGGAGCUCAGAGACGUCCUUCAGCACCUCCAGAACAAGUCCCUCGUCUCUGAUUGGCGCCAAACUAAGUCAUGGAUGCUGCUCAAGGACCUUGCCAAUUCUGCUCAGCAUAGGGCCAUUGCGAGGAAGACUUCUAUCCCCAAAUCUGCCCACGGCGUUCUUGGCUUGCGGAUCGACAAGAUCAGAGACAUUCAGGGCAGAAUCGACGACUUCACCAACCACAUGUCCAAGCUGCUUCGUAUAGAGAGGGAUGCUGAGUUGGAAUUCACCGAGGAAGAGCUCAACGCUAUUCCAACCCCCGACGAGAACUCUGCGAAGCCAAUUGAAUUCUUGGUCAGCCACUCCCAGGCAGAGCAGGAACUCUGUGAUACCAUAUGCAAUCUCAAUGCUGUCAGCACAUAUACUGGGUUAGGAGGGAUGCAUUUGGUUUUGUUUAGAGUUGAUGGGAACCACAGAUUGCCACCCACUAACCUUUCCCCUGGAGACAUGGUUUGUGUGAGGAUAUGUGACAGUAGAGGGGCUGGCGCCACAUCAUGCAUUCAGGGCUUUGUUAAUAAUCUUGGGGAUGAUGGGUGUAGCAUUACAGUUGCCCUUGAAUCCCGUCAUGGGGAUCCUACAUUUUCUAAACUAUUUGGCAAGAAUAUUCGCAUAGAUCGCAUCCAAGGAUUGGCUGAUACACUCACAUAUGAGCGUAACUGUGAAGCUCUAAUGAUGCUUCAUAAGAAAGGUUUACAGAAAAAGAAUUGUUCAAUAGCAGUGGUUUCUACAAUUUUUGGAGAUAAAGAGGAUAUUGCAUGGCUCGAGGACAAUGACGUGGUAGAUUGGGAUGAAGCAGAAUUGAAUGGGUUGUUAGAUAGUGAAUGUUAUGAUGAAUCCCAGAAAAGAGCAAUUGCAUUAGGUUUAAACAAGAAGCGUCCUAUACUUGUAAUUCAAGGGCCUCCUGGAACUGGAAAGAGUGGGGUGCUCAAGCAACUAAUUUCCCUUGUUGUUAGACAGGGAGAAAGGGUACUUGUCACGGCACCUACUAAUGCUGCUGUCGACAAUAUGGUUGAGAAGCUAUCUGAUAUUGGAGCUAACAUUGUACGCUUUGGUAAUCCUGCAAGAAUAUCACCUACUGUAGCUUCCAAAUCAUUGGUUGAAAUUGUAAAUAAUAGACUUGUAGAUUACAAAUCAGAAUUUGAGAGGAAGAAAUCUAAUUUAAGGAAGGACCUUAGUCAUUGCUUAAAAGAUGAUUCCUUGGCUGCUGGUAUACGUCAGCUUCUCAAACAGUUAGGAAAGGCAAUGAAGAAGAAGGAGAGGGAAACAGUACGAGAAAUUCUUUCAAGCGCUCAAGUUGUGCUUUCCACAAAUAUUGGAGCAGCUGACCCCAUGAUUAGAUGCCUUGACUCAUUUGACUUGGUAGUCAUAGAUGAAGCGGCUCAAGCCAUCGAACCUUCUUGUUGGAUUCCAAUACUUCUUGGAAAGCGUUGUAUACUUGCUGGUGACCAGUGCCAACUUGCGCCAGUGAUCUUAUCCAGAAAAGCCUUGGAAGGUGGUCUAGGAACAUCGUUAUUGGAAAGAGCAUCAACAUUGCACGAAGGGGUUCUUGCAACGAAAUUGACAAUACAGUAUAGGAUGAACGACGCAAUAGCUGGCUGGGCUUCAAAAGAGAUGUAUAAUGGACAGCUCAAGUCCUCUGCCACUGUUACUUCUCAUCUUCUUUCUGAUUCUCCAUAUGUCAAGCAAACAUGGAUAACACAAUGCCCCUUGUUACUGCUUGACACGAGAAUGCCAUAUGGAAGUCUUUCUGUUGGCUGUGAAGAACAACUAGACCCUGCUGGAACAGGUUCCUUUUACAAUGAUGGUGAAGCGGAUAUUGUCGUACAACAUGUGUUUUCCUUAAUUUAUGCUGGUAAUGACCUACAAGUUACAAGUGUCUUCUCAUUUAGUUAAACACUUUUGGUUCCAUCUGACAACAUACCACCCACACACUAAGAACUAACAUUGGCAUUCUUAAAUCCCCCAACAAAAUUACUUGGAUAAAAACUUACAGACUGAAUGCUAGAUCACCUAUAUGCUUUUGAAGAAGUCGGGUGCUUUUUGAGGUGGUAUGAAGUGAAAGGUCAAAUAUUUCAAGUCAAUUCUGAAGAUACCAUUAAAAGAUGAUGCAUCAUAGGAUGAGUUUCUCUUGAGAAUGAUAUUUACUUAGCAAUGUAGGGGGUAAAAAAAAACUUAUAGCAUUUACGUAAGGCAAUAGUCGGCAUGAUUAAUCUUUAUUUCCUUUCAAUUAAUUGUGUUACAUGUCAAAGCCAUGUAAAUUGAACUACUUCAUAUUUAAUUCUAUCACACUUUCGAACCUUGAGAUUUUUA